GCAGCUGUGAAAAAAAACUCCCGGAAAAAAGUUCAACAUUUUCCAGGCUCUCGAUUUUCUGUGAAAAGCUACACUAAACGCACCGGAAAAACGGUAACGGUAGUUAGGGCCGCUCGUAGGUUCAUUAGACUCAGUGUCUCAGACCUUUAGUUGGUACCGUUAGUCAGCGUCUUCCACGAGGCGCUGCACCACCUGCUCUUAUUCCCUACAAGGAUAAAAACCGCUCGAGGCCGGUACCGGUGGUGGAUCAGUUUCGAACGCAUCCGAAAAUGAUGGAAAUGCACAUGCAAAUGGAGCCACACGACAAUCUGUCGCAGCUGAUGCAGCACUCUGAUGAUCCACCGACCGGAAUGGUGCCGACGAAAAGUGCCGGGAAAAAGGCUUCGCGCAAGAAAGCGCCCAAAACGGUGGCACCACCCAUGGCAGGUGGUAUGCCGUUGGAUGAGGCGCUGCGCACGGAAAUCAACACAAACAUGAAAACUCCGAUAUCGGUACUACAGGAACUGCUGAGCCGCCGUGGAAUCACGCCACAGUACGAUCUUAUUCAGGUGGAGGGAGCCGUGCAUGAGCCCACCUUCCGCUACCGUGUCUCUUACCAGGACAAGGAUGCGAUGGGCACGGGAAAGUCAAAGAAGGAAGCGAAGCAUGCCGCUGCCAAGGCAUUGAUUGAUAAGCUGACCGGUUUUAACGAACAACACCAACCUAUCCACCUUACCGUUAAGCAUGAACAGAAUCUUAACAAUCAUAGUACAAUGAGCGCCACGGAGGAGGAACCGACGGGAAAUCCGAUCGGGUGGCUACAGGAAAUGUGCAUGGCCCGCCGAUGGCCACCGCCGAUGUAUGAGACGGAGAUGGAGGUCGGUUUGCCGCACGAGCGCCAGUUUACGAUUGCCUGCGUCGUGCUGAAGUUCCGCGAAGUAGGCGAGGGAAAGAGCAAAAAGGUUGCAAAACGGCAGGCCGCUCAGAAGAUGUGGCAGCGGCUGCAGGAUCAGCCGUUGGAACAAAACCACGUGAUGCAGCUGAUUGACGAAGAUGGCAAUGAAGAGAUGCGACCGACCGGCAUUGCUGGCCGCUAUGCAGGGCUGAAAAAUUCCAAUAUCCCGUGUCUCACGACGGCCCAGGGUCAAAAGGUGUCCCAGUUUCAUAAGUCGCUGAAAUCGCGUGCCGGUGAAGCGCUCAAUCUGCUACAGCACACCAGCCUGGGUGACGGUUCGAUCGAUUUCAUUCUUCUGCUGGAAAGGAUCGCCAACGAGCAGCGUUUCGAGGUGACGUACGUCGACAUCGACGAGAAAACACACAGCGGCCAGUAUCAAUGUUUGGUACAGCUAUCCACGAUGCCGGUUGCCGUAUGCCACGGUACCGGACCGACCGUGCGCGAUGCCCAGCUACUAGCCGCCCGUAACUCGCUCGAGUAUCUGAAGAUUAUGACGAAAUCCUAAAUAACGGCUAUUAAGGGGGCCCCCUCUUGUGCGGAAACAAACAAUGGCGGUACUGUGUUUGAAUUUUGUAUGAAUUAUGCGCGUUUAUCCCACACGCUCCUCCAAAACCGUAGCCCGAACUAGCAUCUUUACCAGCUUUGGGAAUGCGUUGGGAAGGGUGUUAAGUCGAAGGCUAAGGAGGGGAAAAUACAGAAUGCGCCAGAUCGUGAAUGGGUCAAAGUGCGCAUUCGCAAACGGCACAGCCUUCCAUUUGGGUAGCUAUUUGAGAAGUAGAGGAUGGAUGGGCAUAAUGGAACAGCGCCCAGCAUAUUGCGAUGGUACACUCACGGCUGGCACACAUUUUUACUCUUCAUAGUUGUUCAAAGCGUUUUUCAUUAUCCAAUAGGUUUACUCUUUAAAUUUAAAUCUAUAAGAUGCUUAAUUUUCGUUCGCGAUCUUAUGAAAGGCAUCUAGAGUUCCUAAAUUUAUCUUAUCCAGUGCAUACCUUACCGAGACGAUGUGUGUGAAAAUGUGUGUUAACCGUUCACCGGUAGUACCGGAUCUAUGAUGCUAGCUGUUUUAAUAACAGAAAGCGAACCGGAAGCGGGCGACUGUGCUCGCGCUUCCUCAACCUCCUAACCACGGCCAAUGGUAUCGUCGUACAAGCUAUACUUUGCAUGGAACUAGUGGAUUUUAUUUUCCUCAAACCGAAAUGUCUCGAAAACGGAGACGCAUACAUCAAUUCUUACAUAUUAAUCGAAACGAUCAUGAUGCGGUGAGUGUGCGAAAAGCGGUUCGUACAAGUGACAGAGUGGUAAAGUGUGGCAAACAACAGGCAGCUGUCUAUAAUGAUAUGUUUUGUGUUACAACUAUUCAACGGAUCGGCGCCCUGCUUGUGAAAAUUGGGUAGUACGCAAGCAAAAGUUUCCCGUCCAUGGGAAUAUGGGAAUUUUCCCCAUGUGGCACCAUCUUUCCAUUGAAACUUUUCACUAACUCUUAUUAUAUGGUAGUGAAGUAUUUAGUGUGUUUGUGUGAAUGCGAAAAAAGCUGCACUAUUACGAACUAUUUCCAUUUUUAUUUCUAUUUUAACCUUAUAAUUCCUAUUUCCAUUAUAUUUUAUUCCAUUGGCUUUGAUGUUUUCUACAUUUUUCUAGCUCAACAAACACGACUUAGAUUAACCGAUGCUGCGUUGAAAAGGUGAAACACGAAAGCAGACACGUACCAAGCAUAUAACGGGCAACAGACUAGCGAGAAGCUUUGUGUGGUUAAAAUACUGCUUAUCUAUAAUAAUGGAAUUUUAUCUACACAAAACUAACAUUGUCCAUUUGUCAAUGGAGAGCAUAAUAGGAUUGAAGGCACAAACAAAAAUCGCCACCCUGUGAACAUAUUGAAUACUUGGUAGUUCAACAACAGCGGUGCAUCUGCAUCAUGUCCCCUUGUGCGUAGGAAGGAAAAUGGGCAUUAAUUUAGUGCAAAGUAUAGAGGUUGUAAUACUAUGAUUGGAAUCAAAUAAAAGACAAUUCAUUUGUCA